AUGGUGGUGAUGAAGGUGAAGUUCCCCUUCGAGAAGAGGGUGCGGCUCGCCCAGGGGCUCUGGCUGCUGUCCUGGAUGGCCUGCAUCUGCUCCUCCAUAACCUUCACCCUGGGCUGCUUCCUCAAGACAGAGCUGCACCGGAGAAGCGAGGUGAUGGACAACACAAACAUCCACGCCGUUCCCAACACAUUGAUGGUGGUGGGUCUGGCCUGCCUGGGCAUCAACUACUUCGCUGGGCGUAUCUGCCUGGACGCCCUGGAGCCCGCACGCUUCCCGCGCUGGAAGGGCUUCAUGAUGCCCUAUUUCGCCAUCUCCCUCUUCUUCGCCUUCCUCAUGUUGAUGUCUGUGAUCCUGAGCUACGUCAUGAAGGGCAGCCUGGAGUCCUCGCUGAAGAUCGGUCUGAAGAACGGCAUCCGCUUCUACAGGGACACGGACACGCCCGGCCGCUGCUUCCAGAAGCAGACCAUCGACAGGCUCCAGAUGGAGUUCCACUGCUGCGGCAACAACGACUUCAGGGAUUGGUUCGAGGUGCAGUGGAUCAGCAACCGUUACCUGGACUUCAGCUCAAAGGAUGUUAAGGACCGGAUCAAAAGCAACGUGGAUGGGCGGUACCUGGUGGAUGGGGUCCCCUUCAGCUGCUGUAACCCAAGCUCCCCACGGCCCUGCAUCCAGUACCAGCUCACCAACAACUCCCUCCAUUACAACUAUGAUUACCAGACCGAGGAGCUCAACAUCCACAUCCGCGGCUGUCGGGAGGCACUGGUCAAAUACUACAUGGGCAUGAUGAACAGCAUCGGUGCUGGGGUGUUUUCCAUCUUCCUGGUCCAGAUGUCGGUAAUAGUGAGCGUGCGCUACCUGCAAACAUCCAUGGAAGCUGUGGCAGGGCAGGAGAACACCGAAAUCGAGACAGAAGGGUACCUGCUGGAGAGGCCGCUGGAGGAAACGGUGAAUGAGCUGAAGGAGACUGUGAUGAAGUUCCUCCAGCUCAAUCAGGUACAAGCGGUAGAAGGGGAGCAGAAAGCCGAGGAAGGGGAGAAGCCCGGCACAUCGGGGAGCUAA